AUUCCGAUUUUGAUCUUUUGAUAUCAUAACCAGGAUAUCUAUCUUCGAGCAACCCGUUUUGCAUCGUUGUCCUUGGUUCAAUUUUUUUCUUCUUCUUUUCUGUUAUCUUGACGAUUCGAUGCAGUUUAUGACCAAGACUACCCAUCUUGCAUAUGCCUUGUAUUUUUUUUUUCUCCCUUGUCCCGUCUUUUCAACGCUUUGGAUUAAGGCGGAUGAGAUGGAUGGUUGUAUCUCAAGUUUCCCCUGUUUCCCCCCUUGUGUUUUAAUUUUCUUUUUCUUUUUUUUUUCUUUCGGUCUCGCCCCUGGUCCCGGAUCGCUCCAAGACCAUUGUUCAAUACAUGCGUCCUUUCUAUUAGCCCCCACAGUGUGUUUCUAUCUUAUUUUAUUUCCCCUUUGUCGUUUGGAUUGCAGCGAGCUUCCCCGAGCCAGGAUCCGGUCAUGUGCAUCUCAUGAGACAUCGCAAUUCCAAGGUAAUUGGGAGAUGAUCUUGAGGCACUUACCUUACCUGCGUGCUUGAUGAUGUGGUUGGUCUUGAAUCUUUUGUACCAUCUUUUUCUCCAUAUCUCGCAUCCUGGGAUGUCUCUGGCUGGACGUUUGAACUACUGCCAUUUCGCAUGGAUUUAGGUAGAAUAGAUGUACCCAUAGUUUAGGCAAUCAAGUAUCUUUAACAAAGCCUGUUAAAA